CACUGGCGCUUAGCUUGCCACACAAUAACGACACGAUCAAAGUACCAAACCAACAACUGGUCGUAUCAUAUUCUUGUUUAGUUCUGCGGUGAAGAAUGGUUGCAGCGCUUGACUUUCUUAAAACUCUUUGGCCUACACCAACGUUCUUCAUUCGUCGUUUGACAUUCGUCUGGUCAACAGUAGAAGAAAAGGUAGUACCGAGUGGCACAACGCGUUAACACACUUAGUUGGCUUUGAACUGGAUUAGAGGGAGUAGUGGAUUUUUAGAAAGUAGCACAGCCAUUAUGGAAAUUAAAAUUGCGUUACUCUCAUGCCUGUGCUACGCACUCGUCGCUGCACUGCCAACACAAAAGACUGAUACAUUGGACUCUGCUGCAGAUGCAGCAGCCAGCGCACCGUCAUUGCCGCGCUUCGCUAGCGUUGCGUCGCAGAAGAUCGCGUUGAAUAUGCUGAAAUUCAAUGCUGAUAUCGAUGCCAAUCAAGUUUAUUCACCUUUGGGCAUUAGCUCCAUACUCGGUGUCUUAGCGGAGGGUGCGGCAGGUGAGACAUACGAUGAGUUCAGCAAGACACUUGGCUUUCCAGCUGAACGUGCCGAUUUGCGUACCUCCUUCCAGCGCAUACUCUCGCGCUACCAAACCCAAGAAUAUUCUACCUUGCCUUCGUUCCAAACCUGGUUGUACAUCUAUCGCAACAACUCUGCGCGCGAUGAAUUCAAGCAAUUGAUACGCGAAAAUUAUUUUGUCACUGUAAAAGACAUCAAUACCGAAGAGUACAACUGGAAUGAACCGAAUACUUCGCCGGACGUGGAGAGCAGUUCAGUGUGCAACAGCAAAGAUGUGAUCGGUUUUGAGACUUUGAAGCGUUUAAGAGCCGAUGCUGAUUUGGCCACUGCAGCCACAGAGACACAAACACAGACGCAAACGCAGACGCAGACUGACACCUAUGGCGAAGAGGUGGUCGACAAGGCAGCAUCAAAGUUCGAUCGUGUUGUCGAAGACAAGCAGUAUGUAGAAAAGCCGGUGAUAUUGGAAGAAAUCAAAAAGAAUGAUGCGGAAAAAGAAGCUGUGACGAAGCAAGAAGCUGAUAAAAUUGCAGCCGAGCAAUCGAAGCCAACUGAAACCUCAGAAAGUACUACCACGAUUGGUGAGUUAAUUGAGCAAUUAAAGGAGACUGAAGCUACAGAUAUUGCCGAAAUACCCAAACAAGAAGACGCUUUGGUGGAGAAGGAUAUUACAAAACGAGAGGACGACUUAAAUUUCGAAGACAAUGAGACUGUGCAUUCGGAGGAGAAAUUGCAAAAGCACUACGACGAUGAUCAAGAUGGUAGUAUACCCAUCAAAGAGGUGCUGGACUCCAAUGAGCCAGAGAAAGUUACACUGCCGCUGCAGAAAUUAGAGAGCGCGCUUGAUACGGCCAACAAGAAUGUGGGCGAGAUAAUGAUUGCACUCGAGUCGCACAUAAGCUCGGUACGAAGGGCGCUAGGAGCACGUAGCCUAUUCCGCAAGGAGGAUAUCGCACAUGCCUUAAGCGCUAACUCCAUCACAGGUCGCGAUGCUGGUUCCAAGACUAAAAUGCUGCUCUUCAAUGGCCUGUACUAUGCCGGUCUGUGGGCUAAGACAUUUAGUCCAGUAGUCUCGGAUGAGGAUAGCUUCUUCUUCAUGACAGCUGAGGAUGCGAUGAAGGCACCUAUGAUGCAAACGAAAGGAAAGUUUCACGUUGCUGAAUUGGAUUAUUUGAAUGCAAAAGCAUUCUGCCUGCCUUAUGAGAAUAAAAAAUAUGCAAUGAUGAUUGUGCUGCCGAAUGAAACGGAAGGCCUACGCUCACUAAUCGGUAAGCUGCAACCCGAAGAUCUUAAGAAGGCCAAAUCGCUUGCUAAGGAGAAAGAGCUGCGUAUCACAAUGCCCAAGUUCCAAGUCGAUGAAACUUCACGCUCCGAGGCUAUGCUGAAGAGCAUUGGUUUGAAAAAGCUUUUCGCACGUCAAGAAUCUGAUCUCAGUUUGUUCUCCGUUGACCCCGAUUUGCAUGUAGAUGAAGUAGUGCAAUUUGUUAGUGUACGCGUUAAUGAGAGUGGUAGCAGCGAGAAUGCUCUCACUGCCUCCAAUCCACAGGGUCGCACGUCUGAAGCGUCGGAAAUGGAGUCAAUCGUAGUUAAUCGGCCAUUCUUGUACUUCAUAAUGGACUGUGAGGAAGAAUUUGUGAUUGCUGCGGGAAAAAUUUACAACCCAGAAGUAAAGGAGGAGUCACCGAUUUCCGUUGAAGUUGAGUUCGAGCAAUCUUAGUUUUAAGCGAACGGUAUUAUGUCUAUUUGAUACUCGCAAAAUAAGUGAAGGACAGAUAAGCUCAUUUUGAAAUAUAAAUUUGUUUAAAGUGAUUCAUGAACAAUUCGAAUAAAA